CACAGUGAGGCUGCGUCCAAUCUCUACUUUGGAUUUAAUUGUCUUUAGCCAAGGGGCGGGCCAUGCUGUCAGCUCUGCUUCUUGUGACCCGUGUGUGCAUAAAGGCAUUCAGUACAGAGGAAUGGUGACAGCUGAGAGGAUCACUAUACAUAGUCUCAGCCAUGAAGGAAAUCAUGGCAUCAAAAGAAAAAAUCAAAUGUCUAAAAGACUUCCAUAAGGACACCUUCAAACCUUCACCUGGGAAGAGCCCUGGCACCCGACCUGAGGAUGAGGCUGAAGGAAAGGUUCCUCAGAGGGAGAAGUGGGCCAGUAAGCUCGAUUUUGUCUUGUCCGUGGCCGGAGGCUUUGUUGGAUUAGGAAACGUGUGGCGCUUUCCUUAUCUUUGUUAUAAAAACGGUGGAGGUGCAUUCCUCAUCCCCUACUUCAUCUUCCUUAUCGGAGGUGGCCUGCCUGUUUUUUUCCUAGAGGUGGCACUCGGUCAGUACACCUCUGAAGGAGGGAUCACAUGCUGGGCCAAGCUCUGUCCUAUCUUCACUGGUAUCGGCUACGCUUCCAUCGUGAUUGUGUCUCUUCUCAACGUCUACUACAUCGUGAUCUUGGCCUGGGGACUCUACUACCUCUUUCAGUGCUUUCAGCCCGAGCUUCCAUGGGCGAAAUGCAAGCAGCCGUGGAACACAGAAUACUGUGUUGAGGACACAAUCCGCAAGAACAAGACCCUCUGGCUGGCAGCUAAUAUUACUAACUUCACCUCCCCAGUCACAGAGUUCUGGGAACGCAACGUCCUCAGUCUCUCCACCGGCAUUGAGGACAUUGGGCCUCUCAAAUGGGACUUAGCCCUGUGUCUCCUGGCAGUGUGGGUUAUCUGCUUCUUCUGCAUCUGGAAAGGGGUCAAGUCCACAGGGAAAGUGGUGUACGUCACAGCUACUUUCCCAUUUGUGAUGCUAAUCAUUCUGCUGGUACGUGGUGUGACCCUGCCUGGAGCAGCUGAGGGCAUAAAGUUUUAUCUUUACCCUGACUUGACCCGUCUCCAGGAUCCAGAGGUGUGGAUCGAUGCAGGAACCCAGAUCUUUUUCUCCUAUGCAAUCUGCCUGGGUGCCAUGACGUCACUGGGGAGCUACAAUAAGUACAGAUACAACUGCUAUAGGGACUGUUUGCUGCUGGGAGGCCUCAACAGCGGUACCAGUUUUGUGUCUGGCUUCGCAAUAUUUUCCGUCCUGGGCUUCAUGGCACAAGAGCAAGGGGUGGACAUUGCCGAUGUGGCAGAGUCAGGUCCUGGCUUGGCCUUCAUUGCCUACCCUAAGGCUGUGUCUAUGAUGCCGCUGCCAACACUGUGGGCUAUCCUCUUCUUCAUCAUGCUGCUUCUGCUGGGCCUUGACAGCCAGUUUGUCGAAGUAGAAGGGCAGAUCACAUCCAUCGUAGACCUCUAUCCAUCAGUUCUUAGAAAGGGUUACCGCAGAGAGAUCUUCAUCGCAGGCAUGUGUCUAAUGAGCUAUCUCCUGGGACUCGCAAUGGUAACAAAAGGUGGCAUGUAUGUGUUCCAGCUCUUUGACUACUACGCAGCCAGUGGUGUGUGCCUUUUGUGGGUUGCAUUCUUCGAAUGCAUUGCCGUAGCUUGGGUUUAUGGAGCUGAUAAUUUCUAUGAUGCAGUCGAGGAUAUGAUUGGAUACAGACCAAACCCAUGGAUGAAAUGGAGCUGGACCAUCAUCACUCCUGUCCUCUGCAUGGGCUGCUUUGUUUUCUCCCUGGUAAAGUAUAAACCACUGACCUAUAACAAGGUGUACGAAUAUCCUGAAUGGGCCAUUGGCCUGGGCUGGUGUUUGGCUCUGGCUUCCAUGAUUUGCAUCCCCAUGGUGAUGGUCAUCAAAAUCCUGCAGUCUGAGGGACCUCUGAUAGAGAGAAUCAAGGCAGUGGCGGCCCCGGCAAAGUCAGGCGUGAGCUCUCGCCCGAAAGAGUACAAUUUGAAGAUCAGCGAGUUGACACAGCCUCUGGACCCAAACGGGAACAAUGGCUUGAUCAAGCCCACCCACACCGUUGUAGAAACAACGAUGUGAGCGCUCUCUGUGAGAGGAAUAAGAUUGAUGUGCUUACUGUGUUAUUAUAUUUUGCUAACUUUGAUAAGUGUAGGUUUACAUUGUCCAAUAUAUUCAUAUUAGAAAAACUAUAGUUUGAUUUAUAUUAAGAGAGAUAUAUUUUAUUGUAAUUUUUUUUUUCUCGUAAUUUUUUUUACUCUACUGAUAUUGUUGAUGUUGCAAAUGUCGCUGUAGUUGGCACUGAUCUCAGUUAAGGCAGUAUUUUUAAAUAGAACCUGUUCAAUGUUUACUACAUUUCUUUAAUUCUGAGGAGAUGAGGAAUUUAACGCAUUCGAGGAAGAGACAGGAAAUAACUCACUUCUCAAUUCAAUAACAAAGUGGAUGAUUAACCAAAAAAUACUGAAAACAUUCACAUUUAAUUUUUCCAACAAAAUGAGUUUAAUUGUUCAGAUCAUAUUGUGGAAAAUAUGGCAUCUAUACCGUUAUUUCUUCAGUACAAGGUAAACAAUGCCUUGGCUCAUUCUCAAAGAUCCAACAUGACAAAACUCUAAUCCACAUUUUCUAAAAAAAAAAAGAGAGAAAGAGUUAAGAAGGUAAGGAGAAAAGGGAAGAGGCGUUUAAGAGUACUUGUAUCCUGCCUCUGUGACUACUUAUAUUGUCUGCCCCAGUGCAUUUAUGGAGCCUCUCUUUGCACUUUAUGUCAUAUCACCUUUAAUGUAGUAUUUGCUCUUAUUUGAGAGGAAAUGUUUUUAUCUUUUAACUUUUUGAUAUUGUUAACCUUGACACAGUGCAACUAGUUACUCCCUGCUAAAACAAUGAAGGGACAGAGUAGGACUGCUGCAUUUCAAAUCUAUGAUUUUAAUAAUUAGUAAGAUCUCUGAGGAGACCAUUUUGUUAUGGUACUUUUAUCCUAAGCUAUCUGACAUUUAUCUCAAUUUUGCUGAUUUCAAUUGCAGGUUCUUUCUAUGUAAAAUCUGUAUCGAUGUCCUUGUUUGUGUUUUAGAAUUUAAACUGUUAAUAAUUCACAUAUGCCUUUUUUAUGACAGUUUUACACUGUGCAUCACCUAAAUAACAUCACAGAUUCUUCAGAAAUGAGUAUCCGCAGUAUAGAAAGCUAUCUUAAGCCUUUGCUACACAUCAGUAUGCAAUAACAAAUUAUAAAGUCACUGGAUUAUUUGCCCAUUGAAAAAUACACAUUUUUUAUUGAUUGGGUCAUGCAGCUGUAUACAAAACUUAAAAAAUUAAAAAUGCCCUCCUGAACUAUGUGCAGGAGCCAUUGCAUUAUCUUGCUGCUUUUCUACUUGGAAACUAAAAUGUACCAAAUCAUUUUUUGUCUCAAAGUUAUCCCCUUUAAGAUGGUUAUUGCAUCAUGUCUAUAUGGAUAAAAUAAACCUCUUUUCCUUGGA